GAACGCUUGAGCAUUUGCCUGCAACUUGCGGGCCAUGCGCGUGGUGUCCACGGAGCAUGGGCCCCACAGGUGAGAGGGACAUCUCGGAUGAGUCCGAUCUCGGCCGUGAUCCUCUUCAAUGACGCCUACGAGGUGGGAGAAGUGUGCAGCCAAGUGAACGCGGCCUACUGCCAGAAGCAUGGCUACAGGUUGCGGACCUUGGUGCUCUCCAACCCCGAGAUGGAGGCCUUGUGCGAAGGCCGGCAUUUCGCUUGGGGCAAGGUGGCCCUGCUUCGUUGGAUGCUCGGCAAGCUUUGCGGCUCGCCGGUGGUGAGCCCGCUCUUGGAGAGCAAGAUCGGCGAGGAGGAGUGCCGCGAGCUCUUGUCAGCGGAGUGGCUCGUGUGGUUCGACGCCGACCUCAUGGUGCUGAACCAUGGCUGGCCACUGACUGCUUUCCUGGACUGCGCCAAGGACCUGGUGCUGGGGGAAGACAUGGCCGACCUGGACUGGCUGAACACCGGGCUUAUGAUGUGCCGCAUCGGCUCCACCUGGAUGCAAGGCUUAUGGGACAAGGUAUGGCGCGAAGGUGACGCGGCCUUUCACCAGGGCGAGUUCUGGGACCAGAGCGCCCUUUGCGGUUGCUUGGCCAAGUGGGGCGAGUUCAGUCCGGAUGUGAUUGGCGGCAAGCGGGUUGCUGCAGCGAGCGCGCAGCCAUGGUUCAGCUGGCAGGGCGGCGCGCGUGUCCGCGAGACCCAGCACCUCCGCGUGCUAGACGCAGGUGGGACGCAAACGAACAACCCGCGCUACGCCCGCUUCGCUUUCCAUGCGGCUGGCAUGAAGGACAAGGCCCGGUGCUGCCGUCACCUCCUGGAGCUUCGAGCUGGAGUCCACGCCCACGGGUACCCGGACAAGGUGCCGUGGCAGUGGCCUUGUCCGGAACGGCGAACCUGGGCGGCCGAGCGGCCGGUGCGUUGGCAAGAUCCCACGGCGGCCCUCGGAUUCCCGGCGCUGGGGCCUGCCAACGGGACCUGCGCCGCGCUGGGACUUGCGGCGCUGGCGGACUCGCCGCUGGGGGAUCGACAGGUCGACCUCUUCGACCUUCUGCCGCGCGAAGCCCUGGCCGCCUCGCCUCCUCCUGCGAAGCGGCCCUUCGGCCGCGGCAGGGCGAGGCUCUGGGAGGCGGCGAGGUAUGCGGCAGGGGUGCCCCCUGCAGCUCACGGAGUCCUUCGAGAGAUGGACCCGCAACGGCUCUGGCACGCAGUGUGGAGGCCGUGGGCCUGCGAGGCGGAUCCGGAGUUCCCGGAAGUUCUGGCGGCCCUCGGAGCACGUGGCGCAUCUGCCCGGCUCUCGCCGCCGGGGGCGGAGCUGAGAUUUCAUCGGCCCGAGGCGGGUGAGUGCGGAGCUGUGCUUUGGCAGCUGGAGGGCGUGCAGCAGGUGGUGCUCCUCCCUUCGCCGCCUGCGGCUUCGGCUUCAGCGUCCAGCCUAUUGGGACCGGGACAAAGUGUUUCGGUUGGAAGUCCGUGGCAAAUUGGAUGCGCUGAAGUUGCCUACUCCCCAUGGGAGGAUGAUGAAGCGGAUGUCUUCUCAGUGGUUUUGGCAUCAGGGGAGGUGCUGUCGGUGCCUCCGAAUUGGUGGUUCUCAUCCCGCUGCUUGUCGGCCUCGCUGAGUGUGUCCGCCAGGCUGGGGGAUGCGCUGCAGAUGGAAUCUCCGGAGGAUCCAGUGCCGGAGGAGUUUACGCGAGCUGCGCGGGAGCUGGGCAACACCAGUGCUGGACCUUCGAAGCGGAUCCUGCGCCCAGGAGGUGAAGCCUCUCCCAGCGCACCUCGCUACAACGCCAUAUGCCAUGUGCGGCUUCUAAGCAGGGAGCUGGAAGUGCUUCAGAGCUCCAGAGGCGCUGCGCCGGAGGUCUUCUCCCUUGGCGCUGACACCUCCUUGGGCCCAAUGGAGCCGGUGCUGCGCUCCAUGCGUGUGGGCGAGAGAGCCCUCGUGGCCACGGAGGCGAGGAUUCUGGACAUCGAGCUCUUGGGCGUACGCCUGCCAGAGAAGCCGCCGGAGAAGGACUUCUUCCAGGAGUACAUGAAAGCCUGGUGGACCUGGUUUGAGGCCCCCGGCAGCUGGCAGCCGCUGCCCGUCGCUUCCGCAAGCCGCGGGGCCCCCGGCUGCGGGCGCUGCGGCUCGGAGGCCGCGCUGCGCUGCGGCCGCUGCGGCAAGUGGUAUUGCUCAAAGGCGUGCCAACGCCCGGCCUUCCCACCGAAAGAGUUGCGCCGCUUCGGAGAAAAGAUGCGUCCCCGCGCAGGAUUCCUGGCUUACUGCAAGCGCCCGCGUAGUCUCAACUGGGAGCAGUGGCAGACGACACCGGAAGCGUCGGGCGUCGGAAGCGCGGGCGUCUUCGACUGGCUGGGGUCGCCGAACAUAUGGUGCACAGAAGAAAACCCCUGUGAUGUGAGCGAUGGCGCUGAGCUCAGGCUCGCCUUGCUGGCGGAAGUUGGGGACGAGAGCUUCUUCAUCACUGUGCUUUUGGCGGCCUGGUGCCCCCUGCAGGGCGUCAGAAGCGGCGCACGCCUGGAGUACCCGCUGGUGGCGCUGGGAAGUCUUUCGGCGCUUCUUCUGCGUGUGGCACUGCGACAUUUCGGGCUGUAUGCCUCUGCCGGCUUAGGCCAGGUGCUACCGCUGCAGCUUUGCGCGGUGCUGCUGGCCGGCCUCUCGGCGCGAGCGUACUGGCAAUGGACAAGCCGAGGGGAGCCUGAAAAGCUACCGGUGGCCUCGGGAGCUGUGCCGCGUUACGGCGGCUCCUUCCUGGGGAAUUUCCAGGCGUACAACCCAGCAGAACGGCCGGCUUCAGGCUUGGUUGCAGAUGCCCAGGCAAAGAAGCCGCUGGAGUGCAUGGCGUCCCUCGCCGUGCCCUUGGUGCUGAUUUUCCUACAGGAGGCUGGCAGUCAAGGUCUGGAGAUGGAGGUGCUGCGCCAUCAACUCUUGGGCGGCCUGGCGGGAGCCUUUGUGGCUUCGGCGCUGGCGGCGGCGCUGGGCUUCGGACUCGAGCGCAGCGCGGGGCCCUCGGCCACCGUCGGCCGCUUCGGCGGAGGUCAGUGCGGCAACCAGAUCGGUGCCAAGUUCUGGGAGGUCAUCGCAGACGAGCAUGGCAUUGAUCCCACAGGUACCUACCACGGCGACUCUGAUUUGCAGCUGGAACGCAUCAAUGUCUAUUUCAACGAGGCCACCGGCGGUCGCUACGUGCCACGCGCGGUGCUGAUGGACCUUGAGCCAGGCACCAUGGACAGUGUCCGCGCGGGGCCCUUUGGCCAGCUCUUCCGGCCCGACAACUUCGUCUUCGGGCAGACUGGGGCUGGGAACAACUGGGCCAAGGGCCACUACACGGAGGGUGCCGAGUUAAUCGACUCGGUGCUUGACGUGGUGCGAAAGGAGGCGGAGGGCUGCGACUGCCUGCAGGGCUUUCAGCUCUGCCACUCCCUCGGGGGCGGCACUGGGGCGGGCAUGGGCACGCUGCUGAUCUCCAAGGUCCGUGAGGAAUACCCGGAUCGCAUUAUGGAGACGUUCUCGGUGAUUCCAUCUCCGAAAGUGUCGGACACCGUGGUUGAGCCCUACAAUGCAGUUUUGAGCUUCCAUCAAUUGGUUGAGAACUCUGACGAGUCCUUCUUGCUGGACAACGAAGCAUUGUACGACAUUUGCUUCCGCACAUUGAAGCUGACAACACCGACCUACGGCGACCUGAACCACUUGGUCUCCGCAGCAAUGUCUGGAGUUACUUGUUGUUUGCGCUUCCCGGGGCAGCUGAAUUGCGACCUGCGCAAGAUCGCGGUGAACCUUGUGCCCUUCCCCCGGCUGCACUUCUUCAUGACAGGCUUCGCCCCGCUGACCUCUCGCGGUUCGCAGCAGUAUCGAGCCCUCACCGUGCCGGAGUUGACCCAGCAGAUGUUCGACGCUAAGAACAUGAUGUGCGCAGCCGAUCCCCGCCAUGGUCGCUACUUGACCGCGGCAGCCUUGUUCCGCGGCCGAAUGUCUACAAAGGAGGUCGAUGAGCAGAUGCUUAACGUUCAGAACAAGAACUCAUCGUACUUUGUGGAGUGGAUCCCCAACAACAUCAAGGCCUCGGUCUGCGACAUCCCCCCGAAGGGCCUGAAGAUGGCGGUGGCCUUUGCGGGUAACUCCACGGCCAUCCAGGAGAUGUUCAAGCGCGUGGCGGAGUACUUCACCGCCAUGUUCCGGCGCAAGGCCUUCUUGCACUGGUACACCGGUGAGGGCAUGGACGAGAUGGAGUUUACUGAGGCGGAGUCCAACAUGAACGACCUGGUCUCCGAGUACCAGCAGUACCAGGAUGCUACGGCAGAGGAGGAAGGCGAGUUUGAUGAAGAGGAAGGUGAGUAUGAUGGCUGAAAUGUCCAUGCAGCUCACCCCUCGCCCGCGUGUUGAUCGACAUAGCGGCGAAUUCAACCACUUGA